AUAAAACCUUACCGCUCUAACGGUGACUGUAAAUUUACUACAAUAUUACGACGACAAUCAUAAAAAUAACAAUAAGAUGAGUAACAAACCAAACGUUAACGAACCAGUUGAUUUAGGAUAUACAACAAUUGGUGAUGAAUAUGAUAAGAGUAAAAUAUUAAGAGACCAACGAAUGAAAGAUGGUAGAACACUUGGUAAACAAUUUUUAACUGGACCAACAAAGAGAGGUAAAGUUGGUAAAGGAAUUACAUUUGGAGACUUUAAAUCACUUUAUGAAGGUGAUCCUUAUAUGGAUCCAGGAACCAAUGAAAGAAAGUAUAGAAAGGAAAAUGAGGUUAAAGUACAACAAACACACAAGACACCAUUUAAACCAUCAUCACCUCCAAAGAAAUCAGUAGGCUUGGGAACAUAUUAUGGUACAAUUGGUUCUGUUUUUCAACAUGAACAAGAAUAUGAAGUUUUAGCUAAGGGUGAAAAACCACAACCAAUUAAGGAACAAAAGAGACCAAUUUAUACAUCUCCACCUAAAAGAGGUACAUUUGGAUAUUUAGGUUUAACAAUUUCAAGAGGUACAGAAUACAAAUACGAAACUGAUCCAUUUGAUCAUUCAAUGGAAAAGAAAAAGGAAAAGGAAAAUGAAAAGGCUAAACAAGUUGCAAAGAAGGCUUUUAUUUCAUCAUCACAUCAUUUAGAUUAUUUUGAUACUCAUAAAUCUGUUGCUGCUCCUAGAAUUUUAGGUACAGAUGAUAAAGUUGAAGCAACAAUUAAAAAGGCAUUAGAAAAGGAAUCUUCUUCACCAAAGAAGGAAAAUGAAGAUAAGAGAAAACCAUUCUAUCCAUCUCCUGUUAAACAAAGAAGUGAUUUCCCUGCUUAUAUUGAAGAUCCAUAUGAUAAGAGAACUUUAUCUAAAAAGGAUGAAAAGGAACAAAAGAAACCAAUUUUCAAACCAAUGAGUUGUGGUACUAAAUCAUUCCCUACACGUUCAGUUCUAUUCGGUGGUUCUGUUAACAUGUCUGGUACUUUUUAA